GAAAGCCGAAGCCCGGAGGAACUGGCCCCGCUGGACGGAUUGGUCCCUCCUCAAAAGCUUUGCGGACCCCGAGGAGCUCCAGAGCGAUGGGGACCCCUCGCUGCCAUCGCCCCAGGAGCGGCGGGCGGCAUGGCUGAGCGUCUACAAGAACAGCAGAUGCCGGAUGGAAACCUGCUUCGACAUCUCUAGGUGUGAGAAGCACGGCUUCAAAGUCUUCACCUACCCCCGGGAGAGGGAUCAGCCCCUCUCGGAGAGUUACGGCAAAAUCCUUACCUCCAUUGAGCGCUCUCGCUACUACACCCCGAACCCCGAGGAAGCCUGCCUCUUCAUCCUCAGCAUCGAUACGCUGGACCGCGACCAUCUCUCGGGUCAAUACGUCCAUAACGUGGAUGAGAAAAUCCGUGGCUUCCCGCUCUGGAAUGGCGGCCGCAACCACCUCAUCUUGCCCGGCUUCGACAUCUCCCUCCCUCUCUUCUCCAAGGACCACCCGCAGCGCGGUGGAGAGAGGGGGUGGUUGUAUCAGGACUCGAUCCCCCCCAAAAAGAAAUACUUGUUGGUGUUCAAGGGGAAGCGGUACCUGACCGGCAUCGGCUCCGGCACCAGGAACGCGCUGCACCACAUCCACAACGGGAAGGACAUCAUCUCCCUCACCACCUGCAAGCACGGCAAGGACUGGGAGAAGCACAAGGACACACGCUGCGACAGGGAUAACGUCGACUACGAAAAGUGA